GCAGAGUAGGAAGCAAUGCAGAAACCACCCACGCUUCUCUGUCUUCCUCUGUUCUUCUUCAUCUUCUUUCUCUCAUCCUUUAAUGUUUGUUUCGCCGGAACCGAACAGAGUUCCACCAGUUCGUCGGUGGGACAAAACCCAUUCACUGCAAAAGCAUCUCUGAUCCGUUACUGGAACAAACACAUCACCAAUAACCUACCAAAACCUUCUUUCCUUCUUUCCAAGGCUUCCCCUUUGAACGCCAUUGAUUCCUCCUUCCUCACUAAACUAGCCACCGAGAACAAUGCUCUCUCCUCUCGUCUCCAAUCCUUCUGUUCCUCAGCCAAUCUGUUCUGUUUUCCUGACUUGGCGGCGAGUUUGGAGAAGCAUGACUCUUCUGUUAACUUCGCUUUGUAUAUGGAUAAGAACUUCACCAACUACGGAAACUCUCUACUCGGUGGCUCCGAUUCGUUCAAAAAUUACUCUGACAACGUCAAUUUAGCAGUCAAUUCCUUCAAGCGCUACAGCCGAGACUCCAAUGGUCACGACGACAAAUUCGCGAAUUACGCUCCCAACGACAAUGUAGUUGAUCAGAGCUUCAGCACCUACGGGUCCGGCGCCACCUCCGGCUCCGGCGAGUUUAAGAAUUACAACAAAUUGGUUAAUGUUCCAAACCUUCGGUUCACUACUUAUGAGACGGAGGCCGUUGGGCGGAAACAGACUUUCUCUUCUUACACUGAAGAGACCAACUCAGGAAGCGAGACGUUCGUCAACUAUGGCAAGAAGGGUAAUGGUGUACCAACCGAUUUCUCCAGUUACGGCAAGGAAUCCAAUGUUAUUGAGUCGAACUUCGCUUCUUACGGUGACUCCGGCAAUGGCGCAAACGACUCGUUCACGUCGUACGCAACCAACGGCAACAACCCAAAUAACAAUUUCAGAAACUACGGCGAAGGUGGGAACGCUGCGACGGAUAGUUUCUCCAGUUACAGAGACCAAUCGAAUGUGGGAGACGAUUCGUUUCAAUCCUACGCCAAGGGCUCGAACUCUGGCAAGGUGGGUUUCACCAAUUAUGGAAACUCUUUCAACGAAGGCUCCGACAGGUUCAAGGGCUAUGGGAAGGGAUCGAUUGGUCACACAGUUGGGUUCAAGAUUUACGGCGAGAACAACACCUUCAAGGAUUAUAGCAAAAAGGGUAUCAGCUUCACCAGUUACAAGAACCCAAGCCCACAAUCUACUGAAAGUAAAGUAAGAACUGCAUCGAACAGUUGGGUGGAGCCUGGGAAAUUCUUCAGAGAGUCGAUGCUGAAGCAGGGAACUGUAAUGCCGAUGCCCGACAUCAGAGACAAGAUGCCCAGAAGAUCGUUCCUACCACGUUCCAUAGCAUCGAAAUUACCGUUCUCUACUUCCGAAAUUGCAGAGCUGAAACAGAUCUUCCAUGCAACGGAGAACUCGAGCAUGGCGAAGAUCUUGCAGAACACGCUAGAGGAGUGCGAGAGGAAGGCGAGCCAGGGCGAGACCAAGAGGUGCGUGGGUUCGGUCGAGGACAUGAUCGACUUCGCCGUUUCGGUGUUAGGCAACAACGUGGUGGUUCGGAGUACAGAGACGGUGAAGGGGUCAACGAAAGACGUGAUGAUCGGGAAAGUCAAAGGAAUCAACGGUGGGAGAGUCACCAAGUCGGUGUCGUGUCAUCAGAGCUUGUUCCCUUACAUGGUGUAUUACUGCCAUUCUGUGCCUAAGGUUCGGGUAUACGAAGCGGAUAUUUUGGACCCAAAGAGUAAGGUCAAGAUCAAUCAAGGGAUUGCCAUCUGUCAUAUUGACACGUCAGCUUGGAGUCCAACUCAUGGGGCUUUCAUGGCUUUGGGUUCCGAGCCUGGACGAAUUGAGGUCUGUCACUGGAUCUUCGAGAAUGACAUGACUUGGGCUACUGCUGACUAAUCUAUUUAUAGUCUCUAUAGAGAGAUCUGGUUCGGUUCUUCAACCU